GCGAGAGAAUCGGCGAGGCAAACCACCACCAUGGCGUGGCGCUGCCUGCGGGUGGCGACGGGGAGGAGGGGGUGGUGGGACGCGUCGCCGUGGGGGACGCCGUUGUUCGCAGCGGAGCAGCGCGCGACGCUGGUGAACGUGAAGCUGAAGUGGGUCAAGGACCGGGCGCUCGACGCCGCGGUGUCGCGGGAGCGCAACCUCCGCACUGCCCACCACCUGCUCGACCUCGUGUUCAGCCGGCCCGGCCACCGCGUCUCGCGCUCGGACCUCCUCGCCGAGAGAUCCGUUCAGAGGCUUUGUGGCUCCGCAUACUCUGCGCUCGAGUUCCUCGGCAGGUACCAUACCCUGUUCGCGGUGUCGCGCGGCGGCGUGUCGCUGACGCGCGCGGCGCUCGACCUGCGGCAGCGAGAGGUGGACUGCCUCUGCGUCAUCGAGCACGAUCUCGUCGCCCGCCUCCGGCGCCUCCUCAUGCUCACCCUUCCCCGCUCACUUCCGCUCCACACCAUCGACCUCCUCCGCUGGGACCUCGGCCUGCCCAGCGAUUACCAGGCCUCCAUCCUCCGCCGCUACCCCGAGCACUUCGCCCUUGAGCAGCCCGAGGGCGACGAGCGCGUCUGGCUACGCCUCCUCUCCUGGGACGAUCUUCUCGCCGUCUCCGAGCUUGAGAAGAGUGCUGACGGCGGCGACACCACCUGCCUCCCCUUCCCGGUGAGCUUCACAAGGGGGUUUGGCCUGAGAAGCAAGUGCGUGGAAUGGCUGCGGGAGUGGCAGGCGCUGCCGUACACCAGCCCGUACGCCGAUGCGUCAGGUCUCGAUCGCCGCACAGACGUGUCCGAGAAGCGGAAUGUGGGAGUGUUCCAUGAGCUGCUGCACCUCACAAUGGCGAAGAGGACAGAGCGCCAGAAUGUGAGCAACAUGAGGAAGCUGCUUGGCAUGCCGCAGAAGUUCACCAAGGUGUUUGAGCGCCACCCUGGCAUUUUUUACCUCUCCAGGGUGCUUGGGACACAGACGGUUGUUCUCAGGGAAGCUUACAGUGGUAGAAGCCAGCUGCUUGAGAAGCAUGCACAUCCGCUUGUUGCUAUCAGGGAAGAGUACUCCACCUUAUUGAGGGCAGCGUUGCCACCAAGGACAAGGGGCAGAAAAAGACGUGAAGCUUUUAGCAAUCAGGAUGAGGGAUGUGAUGUGGGAGGAGAUGAAUUUGAACUCUCUGAGUGAAUGCGCUGUAACUGCAUUCAAUCUCGAGUGCAUUCAAAUGGAACAAAGAGAGAGAUGAAACAACAGAUGGUUGAAUCCUGUUGGACAAUCACUGAAACUCAUGCAACUGAUGCUCUGUGAUGAUUCAGCAGGCUGCAUGAGUUAAAAAAGGAUCCCAUGGCCACUUUGGCACUUUAAAAGCCUCAGGCAGAGUGAAGAACUUUCUGCCCUCGGUUAUUAAUAAUGAUCAUCUCUUAUGAUUUGAAAGACCAAUUGGUGACUGCUUGGAUGAUGAUUGAUGCUUGUUUUAUUCAGUCCAUCCUCAUGAGUGGAUUAUUAUCACCGAAUCAGCCACUUUCAGAAUCAGAAGCAUGUAGUUGCGAGCUAUAGGGCUUUGGCAGCAUCAAUGCAAGCACUAUUUACUGGGCACUUUAUAUUGGUUGUUUCUAAUCUCACUAUCCUCAAUGUUCUGUUAAUGACUCGGUGCCUGCACAUGAACUAUGUCUGAAGGAUAGGAACCUUUUCUUUUUAUUGGGUGGUUGGUACUAAUAGGUGACGUGCACCUGCCGAAUGUCUUAACAAAUGGUACAGAAGUUUCACAAAGUAAGCAUGGAAUUUUGGCAACCUUUGUUCAUGGAACGGUUGCUUGGCAUCUCUUUUUUUUUUGGCAUCUCUGGAUGCAGGGAAAAUGUAUCAUUUUUCAGAAUUAGAAACCAAGUUUUGUGGAUUCGAGAAAAGUUUUCACAGAUGAAGUCUGUAUCCAGCUCAACAGAAUCAAAGGAGAAGCAAGACCUGUUAUAGCUUGGCUAUUUUAUACUCCUAAAUCCUAAUCAUUGUCAAGGGGCUCUCUUGUGCUCUUAGUUUUUGCCCCUCAUUUGUAUGAACAAAAGUGGGGACUUCCACUGUAUUUUCCUCAAAAAAUUGUGACAAACCAGACACUUGACAGGUUUUUGUUACAGUACUGUAAUUUGAUGGAUUAAUGUUGUAUUUUUUUUAAUUCUAAGUGGCACCCACGAGGUAAGAAUGUAAAAGAAAUUGUUCAUAUC